AUGACCAUCGGUUAUGUGUCGCAAGAUGGAAAAUCCUGUCUGCUUCCAGGGAUACCCAGAAGAGCUAUUCUGUCAUCGUAUUCAUGUCAUAGAAGCCAGCAGCUGUUCGUCGGUAGCAAACCCAUCCCUUCCUUUAGUUCAACGAGGACAUCUGUGACUUGCAAUGCUAGUUAUAACAAUUAUAAGAGAAAUCCUGAUUUCUCUAGACAACCGAAGGGGUCUUCAAGGGGCAAGAAGAAGCAAUCCCAAGAGUCUGAGCAGUCUGACAACACUGAAGUAAUGGAUUUUAUGUCCUCCAAAAAUGGGUCAUUGCUUUCUCCAAGUGCUAAUACUAGAUAUCAGGCUACUGCAACUUCAGGACAAAGAGAGAGAGAAAUAGUUGAGCUGUUCCGGAAAGUUCAAGCACAAUUACGAGAGCGGGCUGCAAUCAAGGAAGAGAAGAAGAUUGAAGCUGCACAACAGGGUCAAAGCAAGAAGGGAACUGUCGCUUCGGUUCUCAAAUUAUUAAGGAGGCAUUCAGGGGAUCAGAAGAAGACAACUAGUCCAGGAGAGGAAUUUUCUGUUGACCAAGUAGAAAGAAGCAACACAUUUGAGGAUGAGCAGAAUAUAAAUCCCUUUGGCCCUAGUGAUAGCAAGUCAGAGGAGUCUGAUGUACGAGGCCCUCUUCCUUCUGCUAGGCCUGCCUCAAAUUUUAGUAGAAAAUCUCCUGUUCCUAGAAUGGAGUUGCAACCUGUACUUUCAGCAGAGGAGGAUAUCAACUCUGCUCCUUCCGAGUCACGAGGGAGAAGGAAGAAGACUGGCGAUUAUGAGUCUGUGCAAUCAGCACCUGUGGAGUCUGUUGUGUUGGAUGGUCCAGAUGAGUUAUCAUCAGAUGAUCAGUUGGAUCCUUCUGGUUCUGAUGAAACUAUAGAAUCAUCUUCUACCGAAGCUUCUCCUGAUUUGGGUUCCUUGAAACUUUCAGAAUUGAGGGAUCUUGCAAGGUAUCGAGGGGUCAAAGGGUAUUCCAAACUCAAGAAAGGAGAACUGGCUGAAUUAUUGAGUGCUUGA